GCCCUCCCCUCCAUAGGAUGUAUAUAUAAGUGCUAAUGUUCAUAUUUUCAAGAAUUCACAAACACCCAAUUUCACUACACAAACAUGGCAAUUCCCCACAAAUUGUGGUGUUUUGUGUUGAUCAUACUUCCACAUUUCAUUUCCAUAAUUUUUGCAGAUGAUUAUGAUACCUACAUUAUCCACAUGGAUGCCUCAGCCAUGCCCAAAGCCUUCUCUACUCACCACAAUUGGUACUUAACCACACUCUCAUCAAUAUCCAACACAAACACAAACACAAUCAAAUCUACCACAACUCUCUCUUCAUCAUCCUCAUCCAAACUCAUCUACACUUACACCAAUGCCAUCAACGGCUUCACCGCCCUCCUCUCCCCCUCCGAGCUCCGAUCCCUCGCCGACACCCCCGGCUUCCUCUCCUCCACCCGGGACGCGACGGUGAAGCGCGACACCACACACUCCAACCAAUUCCUCGGCCUCAACGACGACCACGGCGUGUGGCCCGCCUCCCACUACGGCCACGACGUCAUCAUCGGCCUCGUGGACACGGGAAUCUGGCCCGAGAGCCGGAGCUUCGGCGACGCCGGCCUCGGCCCGAUCCCGUCCCGAUGGAAAGGCGCGUGCGAGAGCGGCACGAAAUUCAACUCCUCCCUGUGCAACAACAAGCUCAUCGGCGCCCGGUCGUUCAACAAGGGCCUACUCGCGAGGUACCCGAACAUCACCAUCGCGAUGAACUCCGCCCGCGACACGGACGGCCACGGCACGCACACGUCGAGCACGGCCGCGGGCGGGGCAGUCGAGGGGGCGGACUACUUCGGGUACGCCCCGGGCACGGCCAGGGGGACCGCGCCCGGGGCGCGGGUGGCAAUGUACAAGGCCCUGUGGGACGAGGGGUCCGUCCUCUCUGACAUCAUCGCCGCCAUCGACCAGGCCAUCGCCGACGGCGUCGACGUCAUCUCCAUUUCCCUAGGCAUAGACGGCACGCCCCUCUAUGCCGACCCUAUCGCCAUAGCCGCAUUCGCGGCUAUGGAACAGGGCAUUUUCGUCUCCACCUCCGCCGGCAACGAGGGCCCGUUCCUCGCGACCCUCCACAACGGAACGCCGUGGGUCCUCACCGUCGCCGCCUCGACAAUUGACCGUGAGUUCCACGGCGCCGUCGUGCUAGCCACCGGAGCCUCCAUCACCGGGCAAUCACUCUACCCUGGCAACUCCUCUGCCACAGAACUCCCCUUAAUCCUCCCCAAAUCUUGCACAGAUGCAAAAUCACUCAAAAAUCUCAAAAACAGAGACAUCAUCAUCGUCUGCGUUGACACCAAUUUCACUCUCGGCGACCAGCUCUACAACGCCGGCGAUUUGAAAAUCGCCGGCGCCGUCUUCAUCACCAACACCACCGACAUCACAUUCUACACACAAACAUCCUUCCCCGCCAUCUUCCUCAAUCUCGAAAAAGGCUCCGAAAUCCUCAACUACAUCAACACCACAUCCCAACCCAAAGCAAGCCUCAGCUUCAAGCAAACAUCCCUGGGCACGAAGCCCGCGCCGCGCCUCGCGAGCUAUAGCUCGCGAGGCCCGUCCCCGAGCUGCCCGGUCGUCCUGAAGCCCGACCUGACAGCUCCGGGCGACCAAAUCCUGGCCGCGUGGCCGUCGAAUUCCCCCGCCACCCAAUUGAAAUCCGGAGAAAUCUACAACGACUUCAAUAUAAUAUCCGGGACAUCGAUGUCCUGCCCCCACGCUGCUGGCGUGGCCGCCCUGCUGCGGGGGACCCACCCCACCUGGUCCCCUGCAGCAAUCCGGUCCGCAAUGAUUACUACGGCCAGUUUUUUAGACAACACUGGCCGUCCCAUCGCGGACCUGGGGCUGGAUAACCUGCCCGCCACGCCAAUCGACAUGGGGGCCGGACAGGUGGACCCGAACAGGGCCGUCGAUCCCGGCCUCGUAUACGAGGCCGGGACGGACGACUACGUCCGCCUGAUGUGCGCGAUGAACUUCACGGAUAAGCAGAUACGGACGGUGACGCGUUCGAGCAGCUACAGCUGCUCGAACGCGUCGCUGGACCUGAAUUACCCGUCGUUCGUCGCGUUCUUUCGCGUGCACGACGGGAGGGAUUCGGGGGCGAGGGAGAUGAGGCGGACGGUGACGAAUGUGGGAGGCGGGAGGGCGGUUUACGCGGCGAAAGUGACGGUGGAGGGAGGGCUAAACGUCACCGUUUCGCCGGAGAGUUUGGAGUUUGAGGGGGAGAAUGAGAAGAAGAGCUUUGUUUUGAGAGUGGAGGAUCCGAGGUUGGAGAGGAAUAACUCGAUUGUUUAUGGAGCUUUGAGUUGGAUUGAAUCUAGUGGUAAUCGUGUGGUUAGAAGUCCGAUUGUAGUUACAACUAUAUCUCCUGAUGACCUUCUUCCACAGGGUUGAUAUUGUUCUUGAAAAUUUUAUAUUUUUGGUAUAUUUUAGUUUUGAGAUCUUCUUCAGUUGUUGUUAAUGGAGACAUUGAUUAAACAGAAAAGAGUGUUUUUGUUGUGUUGGUUUUAA